UCCUGGGAAGGAGGAGGAGGAGCUCCGUUCCGGCCGACGGCGGUUGCCGUCCCCUGGAGCGCUGCAGGGCUGGGGUGCGAGGGCCUGUUUUUCUUCAGUCAGGUUUCACCCUGACGCCCCGCGGACUAGGGCCUCGCCGCCGGGGCUCGGUGACCCUGCUGUGGUGCGAGCUGGGUGUCUGGGCCCCGCCCCGCCCUUCGGGGAGCGCGUCUUCACCUAACAGGGAAGUGGGAGGAGGGCAGCGCCGGGCGAGGCCUUCCGAGGGCUGGGCGCCAGGGCCGUUUCUGAGGGUUGUGGAAGCUGGACGGAGCCCUGUGGCGUCCUUGGAUUUGAAGGACACGAGCCAAACUGUUUGAGACGCAGCUCUUCCCUGGAUCACUGUCAGGGCCGUGGGAAGCGGCCUGCCCAACUCGUCUGCGUUGCUGAACUGUAUGACCACCCCCCUCCCCCACCGAAGUGGGAAUUUUGUCAUUAGAACAGGGAUGGAGGAAAUAUCCGCCCAGGAAGCAGUUGGAUCAUCAGUAGUCCAGUUUCAGUCUUCGGAGAGCCUGUCUGAGGGUCUGUCCCCAGAGCCUCCGUUUGCACAGGACACCGACAUGGAACAGGAGCUCAACGGGGCUCCACCUGUUCCCCAGGUGCCUGCUCUUCCCCAUGAGGGAAGCCCAGGAGACCAGGCAGCUACGCUCCUGACAGCCAGGUACCAGGAGUUUGUGACAUUCGAGGAUGUGGCUGUGCACCUUACUCGAGAGGAAUGGGGAUGCCUGGACCCUGUUCAGAGGGAUCUCUACAGAGAAGUGAUGUUAGAGAAUUAUGGGAACGUGGUCUCACUGGGAUUUCCAAUUUCCAAGCCUGAUGGGAUCUCCCUGCGGGAACAAGAUCUACAGGUCUUUGAUCUGGAAACUAAGAAUAGAGAAGUCUUAAGAGAUGACUGCUCAGAUGGAGAGACCAGAGAAGAGAACAAGCUGUUGAUUCCUAAGCAGGAAAUUUUGGAAGAAGUACAUUCGUACAAAGUGAGAGUAGGAAGACUCAAAAAGGAUAUUGCCCAAGUUCCUGGGACUAGAGAAGUGUCUAAGCCUGAGGACAGAUUAGAAAGGCUUCAGGAAAUCCUAAGGAAAUUUCUCUUCCUGGAGAGAGAGUUUAGGCAAAUAACAAUCAGCAAGAAAGCCUUCACCAGUGACAACAGUGAAUGUAAUGAACCUGAGAAAAGCUUCAGUUUGGACUCUACCCUUGAUACAGAUCAGAGAGUUCUUAGAAUUCAGAAUAUUGAUGAUACUGAUAAGUAUGACAUGGGGGUGAACCAGAAUUCAGCUGCUGGGAAACAAGAACAAAUAAAUCUCAUACAGGAUGUUCAGAGUAGUGAAUAUAAGGAAAGCUUAAUGGAUCUCUCCCACCUUAGUAAAUGUGACAGCAUUCCUGCCACUGAGAAAUCCUAUAAAUGUGAUGCAUGUGAGAAGGUCUUCCAUCAGAGCUCUGCCCUUUCUAGACAUCAGAGAAUUCAUACUAGAGAGAAACCCUACAAGUGUAAAGAAUGUGAAAAAUCUUUCAGUCAGAGUUCAAGUCUUAGUCGACAUAAAAGAAUACACACUAGAGAAAAACCCUAUAAAUGUGAAGCAUCUGAUAAAUCCUGUGAAGCAUCUGAUAAGUCCUGUAGUCAGAGCUCUGACAUAACUCCACAUAAGAGGAUUCAUACUAGAGCAAAGUCUUAUAAAUGUAGUAAUUGUGAAAGAGUUUUCAGUCGUAGUGUACAUCUUACUCAGCAUCAGAAGGUUCACAGAGAGAUGCCCUGUAAGUGUACUGUAUGUGGCAGUGACUUCCACCAUACCUCAUACCUUGCCGAACAUCAGAAAGUCCACUGUGAAGAGAAAGCCUAUGAAUACAGUGAUUGUGGGUUGACCUUUGUUAAACAUCAAGGAAUUCAUCUCAGAGAAAAGCCCUAUACGUGUAAUGAAUGUGGCAAAGACUUCAGACUGAAUUCCCAUCUUAUUCAGCAUCAAAGAAUUCACACAGGAGAGAAACCACAUGAAUGUAACGAAUGUGGAAAAGCUUUCGGUCAAACUUCAUGCCUUAUUCAGCAUCACAAAAUCCACGGGCGAGAGAAAUCCUAUGAGUGUAAUGAAUAUGAGGAAAGUUUCAAUCACAGCUCAGAUCUUGUUCUUCAGCAGGAAGUCCUCACCAGAGAAAAAGCCUUUGAUUGUGAUGUAUGGGAAAAUAACCUUGGUCAGAGAGCACACCUUGUUCAACAUCAAAGAAUUCAUACCAAAGAGAAACCUUAUGAAUGUGAUGAACGUGGAGAGACCUUUAGUCAAAUUCAGGCCUCCUUCAACAUCUGAGAGGUUAUACCAGGGAGAAAGCAUAUAUGUACUGAAGGUGGUGAAGCCUUCAGUCACAGCUCAACCUUUAUUCAGCAUCAGAGAAUCGACACCAGAGAGAAACCCUCUGAAUGUGACGAAUGUAGGAAGACUAUUUGCCAGUGUUAAACUUCAUCGACAUCUGCAAACCCAUACCAAUGAGAAAAUCUACGAAUAUAUUGAAUGUGGUAAAUGCUUCAUGCCAUUUUCAUACCUUAGUCACCAUUGGAGAAUUCUUAACUGGAAUAAAAUUCCAUCACCAUAAUAAAUGUGAAAUAGCCUUCAAAGUAACUACCUUGCUCAGCAUCAAAUUCAUUCCAUGCAGAAAGCCUAUGAAUGUAAUAAAUAUGUAUGCACAUGGGAGGAUUCAGUCAUAUUCUACCCCUUACUCAACGCUAAAGAAUCCAUGCCCAGGAGAAGCCAUUCAAGUGUAGCAAAGGUGACAGAUCUUCCAGUAGGAGUUCAAGUCUUUUUCAACAUUAGAAUCUCCACACCAGAUCACAAUCUGCUAAUAAUGCAAAUGGAAAAAAUGUACUUCUACAUUUCAGGCUUUACUCAACAUCAAAAUAUUGGAGAGAAAAUUUUAUAUAAAGUUGUUAAUAUAUAGCCCUGAUCUUUCUCAUUGCAGAAGAAGAUAGUCUGAAGAGUGACUUGGUGAAUGCAAUGCUGAUUCCUCAUGGCAUUCUUUUAUUUAAUAGGUGGUGUAAGUAGGUAUAUAAAAUAUAUGGAACUCAUUUAAACUAUUUUUUAAAAUACGGCCUAUGAACAUUUUUUUUUUUGCUGCAAUUUGGUUCCCGUUACAGCUUCUCUAAGAUAUUGUUAAUAUACCAAUGUAAAGACAUAAUUAACUUAUGGAAAGUAGCUCAUUUAGCUGUUUCUGCUGUUCUCAGAACCAAGUUCUCUCCAAAACAGACUCUUAGGUCUGCUGUUUCCUGAGCAUCCUACUCUCCUGUUCCUUUCCAGGCACAACACUUGGAUUCCUGUUAAUUUCUCCAUUUUCUUAGUACCGUCAAAUGAUGGUUUUCUAGUUUUAAGCGUCUCACCAGCAGGUAUGCCGUCCCUACUUGAUAUUCGUGUUCUGGUGUCUUUUUUCCUAAAGUAAAGCAUCUACCUUUAAAAAGAAUUGGAAUUCCACAUCCUGUCCAUCCAUGCGUUUGAAGGAUUCCAUCUCUGCUCUGUUUGUGGCAGGCAGCUACACAUUUUCAAAUGACACCCAAGUUCUUAGCUGCCUUGUCUGCAUCCACAGCCCUCUAAAAGAGAUAAGGACAUCAGGGAACCAACAAGACUCCUGGUGGUCUAGCUACAUUCAUUCAGCACCUAUUCUGCAUGUCAAGGUUUAGAAUUAUUUUAUAUACUUGUGUUGAAGGCCAGCAAAAUGCUCAGGUCUGCUUUUGAUAGGGGCAAAAUAAAAGAACAUAUACAGAAAAGUCAGAGAACUUCAUAAGGGAAUGCAGCUUUUCAAAAAAGAUACUGCUGUUCUUCUGUAAUCUCUCUGGAGAGAGAAUUUCAAGAGUGGCAGGUAUUCCUGAUACAAUUUUAACUACUACGAUUGCUUCUUCAUCUGUUUGGAUUUUUGCCCUCCUCUCCCAUCAGUCCAGGACAGUAUUUGAAGUGUGGGGGCUUUGUGUAUAAUUGUUUAUUCAUCAUCACAUUUUCUGUAUUUUAUGAGUCUACAGGCCAAGAACUUGGUUUUUUGAUUGAUAAAAGUGAUCACAGAUGUCAGGAUGUCCAGAGUUCAGGGUCUCUGUCAACAGCUCGCCAAGAAUUCAUGAUUGUUUAGAUGAUGUUAGAGCAUUUUAUUAUAUUUUUCCAUCUCAAGUUUCAUAACAUUUUGUGAAUAAAAUGUCACUUAAAAGUCUUACUGUCAUUCCAGCAAGUGAGGCCUUCGUAGUUGAGAUGUUAUAAUAUUUACUAGGGAUCCUCAACAAAUAUAUAACAAUUUAUUGCUUAUUCUAUAAUCCUCUUAUGGCUAAGCUCUAAGAUAGUUCUACCACCAUAUUUUGCCUCUUAGCCGUCAGCAAGCAUAGAAUCUUAUCAGGGCAAAGUAGAGAUCUAAAUGAAUUGAUUUAAAUGUAAAAGCAAAUGAAAAAUGCAUGUUUUUUCCCCUUGUUUAUGAAUGUGUAUGCCCUUAUGUACAGAGACCAAUGGUCACUUCUGGUGAUUAUGAAACAGAUUAAUCCCUAAAUAACAGAAUAUGUAAAAAUCACAUGUAUGCAUUUGGUUUAGGAAUGUGCUUUUGUACUUCCACUUGAAUAAAGGUGUGUUUGAUACUCAGAA